UGACCUUUUUGGUUUUUUUUUAUGAAGUUGCAUCAAAUAUUUAUUAACAGAAUUUCAAUAAAAAUUUCUUGAAUAAAAGUUUUUAAGUUUUUAAAUAAACUACCAAUUUUAGCAAUGUAAUGUUAAGUUAAAAAGAACAAACAAAAAUGUUCCAACGAAAGUGUAUUGUAAUUAAUAUAAGAUCAGCGGUAGUUUUGCUACUUGCAAUUGUGGUAACAGGAAUUAAACAAAGUCAAACCGCAAUUAAUACAAUGGACGUUGACACAAAAACUGAAAUCACAAAAAACAACACAAUCGAUAGUAUGACUGUUAUAAUAGGAAAAAAUCAAUUAAAUGAAACAUCAGCAUGUCCAAUUGGAGUACCCUGUAAUAGCUUAUCUUUUCCAUGCAUUGAAUGCAUAUACAAUUCCUCGUGCAUUUAUGGAAAAGACAAUAAUGUAACAUGUUCUGCUGUUUCUCAUGUUCAAUGUUUGGGUGAAAGAACAUUUACAAGACAAAUGAAUUGUCGAUAUUGCUAUCAAACAGAACACUGGCAACAUUCGUGUUUGUUGCGGGGAAAUUGUAAUUCCAUUGAUAAAUUUUAUAAAACUAAUUGUACAGCUCACAAUGAUGUUCUCUGCUUGGGACUUAGAACAUUUAGCAAAAAUGUCAAGUGCAAUUGGACACAAGGAUACCGAUGGAGCACUGCUUUGAUUAUUAGUUUAACACUGGGAGGAUUUGGUGUUGAUAGAUUUUAUCUUGGUCACUGGCCAGAAGGCAUUGGAAAACUAUUCAGUUUUGGCGGCUUAGGAGUAUGGACCAUCAUUGAUGUUCUUUUAAUUUCACUUCAUUAUCUCGGACCCGCUGACGGAUCACUCUAUCUCUAAGAUGACUCCAUUAAAUGAAAAUAAAACAAAAUACUUUUUUUGAUUAAAUUCAUUCAUUUUCUCAUA